CCCCAGGAGCACACCCAUCAGCACAAGAAGAAGAAGCCAGCAGCAGCAGAACAACAACAUCAACAACAGCAACUAAAUAACAACUAGGGAACACCACAACCACCACCUCCGCUACUCCCAUCACGAAGAAGAAGAAGCAGCAACAGCACCUGCUGCUGGUGGAGGAUGAAGGUUGUGAAGGUGAUGGAGAUGGUGGCGAUGAUGAUGACGAGUGGGGUGCAGUAGUCGUAGCAGAUGCCUGUCUACUUCUACACUACUACCCCUUCCGAGACGGGAGAGAUAGUUAGAGACUGUGUGUGUGUGAGAGAGAGAGAGAGAGAGAGAGAGAGAGAGCGCGAGCGAGUAUGGCAAGGGUAGAACGUGGGAGUAGAUUAGAAGUGGGACGAGGGAGCUAGCUGGGUGGAGUCGGAUGAUGAUGCGUUUCGUAGUGGGGCGCGGGGCGAGGGAGAGAGCAGAAGGAGGGCGAGGAGGAGGAGGAGGAGGGCGAGGGGAGAAGAGGGAAGACGGAGAGUGGUGGUGGGAGAUGGGGGAAGAAAAGAAGGACGGAGGCACGCUGCAAUACCCCCCAUAGCCCUCCCCUCCUCCUCCCCUCCCUCAAAAACUGUCCCAAUUGGGUUCCGAUCAGUGCAGUGUCGUGAUGCAGCGUUGCCACUGCCCUGUAUGUCCCCGUGCCGACGCGGCGGAUAUGGGUGUGACCACUGCUCCCCCCGAGAAGUUCAACUGACGGGGGCUAUAGCCUUGGCUUCCCUUUUGUCUUGCCUUUCACUUCACUGGCUGGUUCAGGAAGCCUUAACGCAACGGCAGUUGGGACGGGUUCUCUCUUGCAACGCUUAUUUUUUAGUAGUUGGUGAUGUUUCUUUUUUAGUGAGAGUUGGAUAGUGGAGGAGUAGUGCGUUUGUCUGCCUGAACUUUCCAUUUCUUGGUUCUCGUAGUCGAGGAGAGUGCGAGUCUUGCAAAAUCUUAGCAGCCGGCGGUUCAGCAGGUUGAAGGGCGAGUUCUUUUUGAGUGGGCGAGUGGGGGAUUGAGGGACGCAUUUCUGGGUGUGCUAGUCGCUGCUUGCUAGGUUCGAAGUACAUGAUCAUACGGUACCUUCCGGGCGAGUAGAGAAGGCGGAUGGAGGCACAAUCAACCUGAUCAGUAGCUACUUCUCUACCCAAUUGCGAAUCCACUUUGACAUGGCGAGCUAGGCGGUGCCACUCAGAAACUCGUCAACUAGAGAAUUGCCGAAGACAAUGAUAGACGACAUAAGAGACUGCCGUGGUGGCUGUGGUGAUUUCUAAAAACAUCUAGUAGCCUCUCAUAGUGUUUAAUUGAGUGACCAUGGAACGCACAAAAUGGUACUUUUCCGGUAGGGUGGUGAGGAGAAACUGAAGACGUUUGGAGAUGAUCAAUUGUGGAAUCUUCGAGAAAAUUGUAACUAUCACGUCGCCGUAGAAGGGUAGUAUAGUGAUAGAUAGGAAGGAUAGAAGAUAAUCACUCACUGUUUAGAUUAGGAGGUUGUUGCGACGAGGGAUCGAAGCAUUAAUCCAGGCCUCAAUGACACUCAAAGAAACUCAUGGAAUGCUUAAAAAUUCUGCUCCAUCGCCGUCUGGUCCGUUGUCCCCUAGAGUCGGUUCGGCAUUAAGUCCGGGUGGACCGUACACGGUGGAUAUCAGGAUGCAAUUAUCAGUGGGCGACACAAAAGCGUCCGGCAGUAGCACCAAUGUUGUCGCAGCAACAGCACUUGGGGGCAGCUCCAAGGUGGCUGCCUUGAACAAUCUCCCAAGCACAGGAAGCUCUCUUCAGAACCAAAGCCUCAACAGGUUGCAACAUCCAUCUCUCGGGGAUGGCGCCCCAACCACCAGGCAGCAGCACGAUGAAACAACAUCAAACUUUCCGACGUUUCACGAGAUGGGUUCGACGGCGGUGAACGUGUCGCAACAGCGGCAACAAGCAUCAUCUUAUACGCUGCAAAGCCAUGAGCAACACGAGAAUACCUCGGGAAAAGGGCUGAUGUACAACAUUUCUGACAAGACGUCGCCGGGAUGGAGGGGAAGGCGGACACGGGAGUGGAGCGGUGACUUUCAAGAGAGGUCCUCGCAAGUCACUUCAGAGAAUUGGGCAUCUCCUCGAAGUGCAGAUGGAGAUGAGCCCACCAGCCUACAUUUUCAAGAUCAAUGGAGUAACAGGAAGGACCUCCACCUCUCUGCUGCAAACCAAAGCUGUGCUCCAGCCACGCUAUGCAGCAAGAGAGCCAGGGUUUCCAAGCUGCUGUGUCAUCCGCGGCAGGAUUCAGGCUGCUUGACAACGUCUCCACCCACCAGCCCAUCUCAAGACGAGAGUGCGACCAACAGUAGCAACAUGUGGGAGAGUCUCUUUCAGCGAUCCCACAUCAUGCAAUCGUCGAAACCAGGGGCCUUUGCAACGGGGAAACAAACAGAAGCUGGGAGUACAAGCACCGAGGGUCAUAGAUCUAUCCAGCUGGAUGCUACAAACGUACAAAUGGAUCUCGGUGAUGAAAGUAUGGUUGCAAAGAUUCAAGCAGGAGAAGCUCGAAAUGAUUUGCCUGCUUCCAUGACAACAUGCUCCGAGGAACAUUUGAAGAGGUUCCAAGAAGCGCAAAGGAAUAUUGAGCUCCAACAGACAAAUUCUGGGACCAUCGCUGGAGGUGGAAUACGAUUUGAGUCGAGCCCCAACAAUUUGUUAUCAGAUGUUAUAACAGACACUCUGCGGAGCCGGGAGUUGCCGAAUCAGCAGAUCGGUUCCAGCAGUGGUUACCUUGGUAGUACUACCUACAGUGCAAUCGACGGAUGGCCGCAGGAGGGAGGGAGUGUAACCGACUACUUGCUGCUUACGAGCGCAGUGCACAAAGCUAACCUCCUCGACCUUCAAAUACAAGAGAACCAACGAAAUUUGAAACAAGGCAUUCUAAACUGCUGCUCGGACGAGUACAUGAGCGGAUCAAGGCCUACAGAUACGGUUGACUAUCAGACAGGCUUACGGAUGGGAUCAAAUGGUGUCAGCUUGGAAGAGAAUGGUUCACCGUUCUGCUACAGCAGUUUGAGCAUGUUACCAGGGCACGAAUUUUCCGUUACGAACGAUUUCUUCAUGGAUUCUCGAUGCAACCCUGGCGAGCAGCUCACUGCCAGAGCUGCUUACGAGAAGACCCGAAACGAGCAACGGGGCGAUUGUCUUCCCAGUAAGCGUGUCUUCAAACGUUCUUCUAAGGGUGGUCCUCGUCGACCACACAUCAUCAAAGGACAAUGGACUCCCGAAGAAGACAGGUACUUGGUGGAGUUGGUGGAAAGGCAUGGACAACAACGCUGGUCGCUUAUUGCCACACAAUUGACGGGCCGCAUUGGGAAGCAGUGCCGAGAGCGCUGGCACAAUCACCUCCGACCUGAUAUCAAGCGUGACGGAUGGAACACGGAGGAAGAGGAAGCUCUGGUGUCAGCUCAUAACAAACUUGGAAACCGUUGGGCAGACAUCGCGAAGAUGAUUCCUGGGCGCACGGAGAAUGCCAUAAAGAAUCACUGGAACGCCACCAUGCGACGGAAAGACUUGAGACGCAAGCACAGGAGGGUUGCGGACGGGUCCUCGGACGGUUUAGAGGUUGUCCCUCGCUGCACUAUUUUGCGCGAUUACCAGCAGAAAGUGGUUGCUCAGGGGGGCGGGCGGAAAGGCAGGGUGUUCAAAUCUCUCCCCACCGUGGACGAUGUAGAUCGAUUCAACAAAGGCAAUCCCGAUGACACACACUCUGGUACUCCUGAAUCGGACUCCCCGCAGCUGACUUGUGGCUCCCCUCCUGGCUGGACUUCCAACGAGAUCGAGAAGCUCACGCUUCCAGCGCGCAUUGUGGAGAUGAACAGCACUCCAGAGCCCGAUCACACCAUCAUGAACAACAAAAUGGGGAGAAAGGAUUUACAAGAAGAAGUAGAGGGAACAAGAGCAUCGACUCAGUAUGUGAAUCCCCUCGCCCACGGAAAUCUGAUUUCUCUGGUGCAGUCUGUGGGCUAUGGCGCGUCCUCUGUUUCCUCUGCUAAUCCUUUGCAGUCUCGCGUCUCUGUUUGGGGUCAAGGAGUUGGCAGCUAUUCCAGACCCCCUGUGACUUUCUGGGGUGGUGGGCAGUGGGCAGAAGGGGGCUCAGAAGUUCUCUUUGCAGAGCCUGCUGCUACCGGGAAAGCAGAAGACGAUGAUGCAGCCAUUUGGGUAUCACAAAACAAUGUUCCAGAUUACGGCAGUACAUCGAGAUUCUCAGAUGCUGCCACCUCAGAUGCUGUACCCGUCUACCAAAGCUCGGAACUGCGAGAUCUCAAAGCCACAGAUCAUAUCACGGCUUCUCAGCUUGGAACCUUGGACCAAAUUGUUAACGACAGCUCCAGGAACAGCAACAACCACCCACACUUGCUGCCUUACUCCCUCGAGCGAGGAUCCGCUUCCUCUCAAUCUAAGGGAAUGUUGCAACAGGGCAGGAACAAAUUUUCAAACUUGGAUUUGUCCACCCAAGCUUAUUCUUCUUUGGACGGAUCUGCUCGUCCUCUCCAUGGCCACAGCCACUUCCAGGCCACCGAUGAGCUGGAGCAGCAGCUCGAAAGCACAUCGGGUGCAGCUGGGAGUGUUGCCAGUUUAGAACGCAAAGGGAUUCUAACGACGGGUGACAAUGAGCUGGCGCAGGCAGAUAGGAUUGGAAAUAACACACGCGAAAAUCCGCGAGCUCUCUCGACGAACCCGGAUAUCAUCCUAGCCGCCGCCUCCGCCGCCGCUUCCGAUCAUUGUAGAUACCACCCCAACGCUAAUCCCCUGGCGAUCGUCGAACCGUCUGUUAAAAGAACGGUCACCAUUCCUAACCAUCAGUUAUCAGUGAACUCCUUCGAAAACGCCAAUGCCAAUCAUGAUCCGAGACUGUCAGCCUACUUCGGCAAUCCGUGCCAUGACACAUUCAAUCCUCACCGCCAGCAGGUGAUGAAUUAUGUCACUGGAGGUCCGGAUCAUGAUAUCAGCGAUGUCACAAGCUUGCUGUUGUCCCGAGGGCCUAUGUCGUCCUUGGCAGACGACAUCACCUCGGUGACCUCCGAAUCCACCACCUUCUCCAAUUCCUCUCCUCUCGGCCGGAAGUACUGGGACCAAUCUCCCUCUCACUCCAGCCCCAGCCGAGGACCUGGCGAUCUCGACCUGGUGGAGCUCGUAGCGCAACCUCUAGACCAAGCUCAUUACUUGCGCAAGGUGAAGCACCCCGCCUGCUCGGAAUCUCUGGGCGUGAGCACUAGCGUGUGCACGGUGCCCACCGUGACAGAGAACGGGCGUGACAUUCGCGGCAUCAACUUCCACAGCCAUACCUACCAUGAGGCGGAGGCUAAACUCUAUGACAUUUGCAGCAAGAUGCGCUCGCAGUGGCAGCUUGGCUGCAUUGCCUUAGCUCACAGGGUGGGUGUAGUCGGUGCAGGCGAGGUGUAUGCCGUGGUGGCAGUGACGAGCUCGGACUCGGACUCCUCUUCCCAUGCAACACGAGCUGCCGACUUUGCUGUGGAACUCCUUCGCAGUGGAGGCUCCGCAUUGCAGCACCAUAACGUCCUGCUCUAGUCUCCACAAAAAGCUCGUCACCGACUCACCGACUGCCCAUGCAAUGCUUCGAACCAUGCGUUAAAACACAGCAAAUUUGAGCAGCAGCAGAGCAGUGAGUGGCUCAUUUCCUUGCUCUGAUCACUCACUAAGCCCAUGACUCCCUUAAUGCUUCUUCUGAUUCUUCUUCAUUCUUCUUCUUCUUCUUCGUCGUCUGUGAGACUUGAUGCUGCCACGCCACAACAACUCCCUCCCUCUCAGAGCCGCCAUUGAGCUACUUGCUGCUCUAAUGUGCCUCAUUUUCAGCUGUUUUAUCACGCUUGAAUCCGUGUAUUAUUUAAAAAAUAAAGAAAUAAAAAAAUGAGCACAUCAGCUGCUUCCCAAGUUAUGUACUUGCUAAGUUAUUCA